GUAAAGCUGCAUUCCGCCCCACCCCUUCAAAACAACACCAUCACCACCACUGUAACCUAAAGCAGGAAGCACCGACACACGCUGCUUUCUUUCCUCUUUUAUUUGUUUGGUUAAUACGGAGACACUUUGGUGAUUACAGCAACGGAGAAGCAUAUAAAGGGGAGAAAAGGCGUUAUUCCUGUUGAUGCUGUUGACGACCACCGCGGAGAGAAGACUGACAGUUGGUUCCAUCCAGUACAAGGCUCAGGCGCAGCUGUGGAUGAAUCUGACACAGAGCAGCUCGGAGAAGGUCUCUGUCAGCAGCAUGGGCCAGCAUCUAGUAAAGAGGGAGGCACCCACAGACAGCAAGGCUCCAUCACCUGAACCCGAAGCAGAGCAGACAACAGCAGCAGCAGCAGUAGCAGCAGCAGUGGAACCUGAAUCACACGAUGAAGUCUUUGGCCUGGGUGAGGCAGAUGCGAACCAGAACAAUGGCUGCGUCUCGGAGAAGCCGGUGGUGACUGACUCCACGGGCGCUGAGGGCCCCCGCCAGCCCUGGCCCGACGCCAGCACAGCUGACCCCGAUGCCGCCAUGCCACGCCCCCACCUGGCCCGCCUCUUCUCCCGAGAUGCCCCGGGCCGAGAAGACAACACCUUCAAAGAGCGACCCUCCGAAUCAGACGAGCUACAGACCAUCCAGGAACACAGCGGAGCGGGUUCAGAGUGCGGUUCGGAGAGCCCCGAACAGGACCUAGAAUAGGCUAGCUUUUUUUUUCCCUCCCUCCCUCUCUUUUCUCUUUUCCCUCCUCUGUUUUUCGGUCUCUCAUUUAAAGAGAGACAAGAACCCCACAUUUGACAAGUACAAAA